CCGUCGAAUUUUUACUUCGUCAUGAUGAAGUUCAUUACUUGGUUAAUUUCCCCUCGACUACUGUACGUGAACUCUGACUUGGUUCGUUUUUAUCUUAAGUACAUCAGAUAGUGGAACAAUGUGCGCCGAGCUAGGUGCUGCAGUGUUAGGAUCCCUUGUGAACAAGUAUGCUAAUAUGCAAGAAUCAGUAGGUAUCGAUGGAGAAGUUAGGCUAUUCCAACAUCCCUUCAUCCAAUCUAGCGUAGGAGCUUUUGGGAUGUUCAUGAAUUUAGUUCUUUUCAACGUUUUGUAUUUCUGUUUCAAGUGUAAGAGUGAAACACUACCUGACGAACAUUUGCUCACGAGGGGCAACAGACAUUUCAACGUCUUCAUAUUCCUGCUUCCAGGAAUAUUCGAAUUGAUUGCUACUACCAGUCUGGUGGUUGGACUCCUUUUCACUUACGUGUCAAGUUUGGCAAUGCUGAGAAGUUCCAUGAUUGUUUUCACUGCCCUGUUGAGCUACUUCGUUUUUGGGCAUGUGCCGCAUUGGCGUGAAACCUCCGGUAUAAUAUUCGUCAUCCUAGGAGUGGUACUGGUAGGCCUGUCAGAUUAUGAGGAUAGAAAGGAGUCGGGGGAAAAAGACACAACAAGUAUAAUAUUGGGGGAUGGAAUGGCUGUCGUUGGUUCUUUUCUUGCCGGUUGCCAGGUAGUUUUAGAAGAGAAAUACUUGAAAAAGUACGAUAUUCCUCCACUGCAGGCAGCUGGUUGGGAAGGUUUAUUCGGUUUCAUUAUUAUGAUUCCCGUACAUUUAAUUUUUUACUUCAUACCUGUGGGCUAUCCCCUUGGUGUUAACUCAAGAGGAACUCUUGGUGAUUUUCCUGACGGGUGUGUUCAAGUCUACAACAACUGGAAGAUAGGAGUUACUCUUAUAAUAAAAAUCUUCACAAUGGCGUCCUUCAACUUUUGCGGUCUGACUGUAUCGAAGGAGAUGUCUUCUACGACAAAUAAAGUCCUGGACAGCAUGCGGAUACUGCCUUUGUGGAUAUGCAGCAUAGCGUUUUUCGGACAAAAAUUUCAAUUCAUUCAGCUUAUUGGAUUCUUUCUACUCAUGUUAGGUCAGGCCCUUUAUAAUGAUAUUGGCUGCACCUCAAUGGAGAGGAAAUGUUGUCCGAAGAGAAUUAUAGAAGAAGAAGACGAACAUACUAUGUCGAUGAGAAGAAGGAUAUCCCCUGUAUUGGAAGGAUAAAAUACAUA